GAUAAAUAAUCAAUUUUAUUAAUUAACUAAAUUUUGUAUAGAAUUUAGGAUAAUAUUGGGCCAGAGUGUUCGCCCGCAAAGAGACCAUAGGUCUUGCAAGUCUACAAGUCAGGGCUUUGGCACUACCGACCUGGAGCUCAGACUUCCAAAGAAACGACGUGUGUUUUACUUCCUCUUUGGAUUCCCAUUCCACCCUCACAGAAUCCCCAAAACUACAGCAAGAUUUCACUUCAUUAACACCAAACGCGUGGCAACACAUACCAAUCAGGACCCAAUAAAUUUCCACGUGGCAAAACUAGAUGGAGAGUUCCGUCGACGCGUUUCCGCGCGCGGGUCACUGACCGAAGCGUCGAUGGCUGAAACUUCACACAACCCACAUACUCCCCGACUAGAGUCACAGUCACUGCGUCAGAAUCCUGCAAAGAAAAAGGACGGUAACGGGCAAAUCAAUCAAACAGUACCUUUGCAUAAAGCUUAGAAGUUGCCAACUCGGGAGGAAAAUUUCUCAGAUUGUUUCCGUCAAUGGCAAGGAUCGAAGAGGUGGGACCAGAAACACCGGUUACGCCUCCAGCUUCGUCGUCGCCACCGUCUUCCUACAUGUUCCUCCUGAGGAUCAUGAGCAAGAGGAGAACCUGGGCGUGUAUUUUCGUGCUUGUGUACGGCAUCCUGCUCGUCUGUUCGUGGAAUUUCCUGAAAUCGAUGCUUUCCUGGUACAAUUUAGAGGCAGAGUCUUCGAGUUCUAGCUGGCCGGCGCUUUACGCGUCGGUGCUUCUCGGAGUUAUGUUCGGGGUGAUCUCGAUGGCGGCGGCUCUGGCGGUGAUGGUGCCGGCCGUGUUGGUGACGUGGAUCACGGUGGUGGUGUUGCUGGCGUUCUUCGGGAAGCCGAGAAAGACUUUGGUGGUGGAAGGCAGGAAGAUCACGAAGGAGAUCUUGAGUUUCGUGAUAAGGGUUCUGCUGAAGGAAGGGAAUGUGGUGGCCGCACUGUGUGCCGUUUUGGGGUAUUUUGCUCUGGUCAGAAGGAACAGUGAUGACUGAUUGAAAGAGAGAAGAGAAGAAGCGGGUGGUUGGUGGGUUCAGUUUGGUAAAGUGUCAUUGUGUCGUUUUCGACAUCACGCGGUCGUUUUGCUGCAGCUGUAGAUUAAGCAAUGAAAUGGGGGAAUUUGUGGAGCAAAGCUAGUUAAUUAAGGUAACCAAUAUUAUUAUAUUUACUGAUACUCGUUUCGUGUGUAUCUUUCGUCUUGUUGCUCAUUCAUUAAUUAAAUCUUAGAAAUCUUUUAUUUUGUUGGUGGCAGUCUCUGUGUAAACUAUAUGAUUCCUUCGAAAAUGGAAUUUUAGUGUUAAGGUGUAGCUGUGAAUCCAAACAACCACCGACAUGGUUGUAUGAGAUUGAAUUGAAUUGAACAGUUUGCUUGGAUUGUAAGCUAAAUGGGGUUUGGAAUUGGCUGUUUGGUGGAUCUGGGUGUGUGGGGGGUAGUGAUGAGAUCGACAUAUACCGAGAUAUAGAGAUAUAUGAAGUAAUAAUUGAAGAAGUGAGGGAGAUGAUGAGGGGGAUGGUCAAAUGAAUGUUGGGUCAAAAGACAUUGCUAAGGAAGGCAAAUCGGUUGAAGUUGUAGCAGACAAUGACAACCCAGCUGAGAGACCAUUCAUUUUUUGGCUGUUCCUAAGCAAAUCCGAACCUGCUUAUUCUGCACUCAUCAUCUCACAUUAGCUUCAUAAAAUUCGAGAGCAGAGUGAUUAUUAAUGUAAAACUCAUUCAUAAGUAUGUUUUGGAAAUGAUUCUGUUAAUAACCCUGUCCGUAAAUGUUGAGAGAUCUCAACGAAAGCAUUCUUGUAAGUUUUUUCAUUAUGAAUACAAAUUUGCAAAAAAGGA